AUGAGCAGUGACCUGAAUUUCCUUGCCUCCGAAAAAAAUGAUGCUUGACGGAAAAUUGAAACAAUAUUUAUUUAAUCUACUAACUAAAGUUUCCAGUAUGCCGUACAGAUAAAUUUAAAAACGUUCAUUUUCAAUCUCAAAUAUUUUAUUUGAAAAAUUGAUUGUUUUCUAUUGCAGUACUAUAAAGAUAAUGCUUCACGGUCACAAACUGAUCAGUAGAAAAAUCAAAUUUAUUUGUGUGUGUGGAGGAAUUCUGCUUGUCACAAUUAUUUCACAAUUGCACAAAAAAGGAUUGAGUUUUUCAUCCACCUGCAGUCUAAAGGCAACUAACCGUGGGCCGCACCAGUUCGUCGUUUCCUUCUCCUAUUUUGGCGAAAAUGAUUCCGAGGCAAAGGGAUAUUUUGAAGGAAUUUCUGCCAAUGCCCAUCUCGUCCAGAAAUUUUACCCCGGCUGGGUGAUACGUGUUUAUCACGACAUUAGCCAGAGAGGAACACGAAAAGAUGAUUUGGACAAAUUGGAGGAAAAAUUCGGCGACUGGGUCGAUUUUUGUUUCGUGGGAGAAGUGCCUGGAUUUGGAAACUUACUGAGGGCGCAACAAAAUAUGUGGCGGUACCUGACGUUGUCAGAUCCACUUGUGGACUUUUCGCUUUUUCGCGAUCUUGACAGUUUCAUUAAUGAUCGAGAGGAGAAAGCAGUUCGUCAAUGGCUAGCUGGGAAUUACGCUUUACACAUAAUGAGGGACAAUCCAUACCAUGGCACCGAAAUUCUUGGAUUUAAAAAAUUCUGUUUAAUAGGCGGAAUGUGGGGUGCUCGAAUGGAUUUAGGGCACAGAAAAAUUUGGAGCGACUCGCUCAUCAACAUGUUAAAAUAUGGUAGGGAAGCUGGCGAACUAAAAAUGGACCAGGAAGCACUCGGCAUGUUUAUUUGGCCACACGCAGUGAACAUCAAAGGUUUUGCGCUUCAACAUGACAGCUACUUUUGUGAAAAUCCUGAUUUUCAACUCGCUGGCAAAAUUUUGCCCUUUCCGACCUGCAGAAAUGAAUCUGAGGUUCUAAAUUUUGUUGGAUCUCGGCGGCAUGUAGACAAAGAGCCAAUGACAAACAAGUGCCCAGAGGCGUGCAGACUGAAUAAAAAUUGCACUUUUUGCUGAUA